AAUUGACAAUACUGCUGUCUAUCGAUAACAGCUGUUUGCCGCUAUCGCGAAGAGAAGAAGAAGCAGGAAGUAAACAAACUAGAUAUCCAACCAAAUUCUAAAUUCUUUUUAUGCCGAGACAAUGCAAAUAAAUCCAAGAAACAACACACAAGCUCAAAUAAAAAACGAGCAGGAUGCCAAUCAGGCGCGCAUCACCCAAAUUGAGGAGUUCAUCAACGAAGUGCUGAAAGAGGACCUCAGACAGCUGGAAAAGUGCAUCGGGCAGUUCAACGAGGAGAUCAUGGAGUACAUCCAGCUGAAGAACACCCUCCAGACCUUCGACACCCACCUACCAGAUGGCUACAAGACGCAAGUCAACAUCGGCAGCAACGUAUUCAUGCAGGCGCGCGUCCGGAAAAUGGACAGCAUUCUGGUCAAUGUGGGCAAGGAUGUGUUCCUGGAGAUGAGCAUUCCGGAGGCAGAACGCUUCAGCGACACCCGCGUCAAGAUCUUGACCAAGCAAUCGGCUGUGCUGCGCGAAGAAAGCGUCAAGAAAAGGGCCCAAAUCAAAAUGGCCCUGAUAGCCAUCAGCGAAAGGGCCAAACUAAUUCAGCAGGAUGAGAACAAGUAGCCGCACUGCGUCCACAGACGCACAUUAUGAGUACUCCUCUAGAGCAUUAGCUAGUUUAUUUGCAGCCCUGUUUAAUGUAGCAACAAAGAUUCAAAGAGUUUUGAAGAACUCUGAUGAUGAUGACACUACCAAGAUUACACAAGCAC